UGAAGCAACUCCUUUCUUGAUAAUAACCGUAGGUUUUGAAAAACCUUUUGCUUUAACAAAAGCUGUUCUUACAGCAUCUUCUCCUUUAACCCCUCAAAUUGAAGAAAGUAGAUCUGCUACAAUUCCUUUCAAUGUUCGUGAUAAUGUGAUGGCUGGUGUAACUAAAGAAGGUCCAAAAAUAAUUAGGGAUUAUUUUAUCGAAAUUAUUGUAUUAUUUAUCGGCGCUGCUAGUGGUGUUGCUGGUUUACAGGAAUUUUGUUUUUUAGCUGGUUUUAUAUUAUUAUAUGAUUGUUUGUUCUUAUUCACAUUUUAUACUGCCACUUUGACUCUUAAACUUGAGUUGAAACGUAUUCGUAAAGCUGAAAAAACUAUUGAAAAAGAUGAAAUGAAUAGUAGUCCUGCGAAUUUGGGACGAAACAUUUUAAUGACUCUUCAUGAUAGUAGUGUUGAUGCAAAAAAAUAUGAUAAUCCAAUGAUUUCAAGGGUUAAAUUGUUAAUUAUUAUUGGCUUUUUAAUAAUGCAUGUGAUGAACUUAUGUACAACCCUUCAUACAGAUGAUGAUGUCUCUUCAGCAUUUCAGACCGCAAAGACUGACGUUUAUGAUAAUCCAACAACAUUACCAAUUUUAGAUGCCAUUCUUUCGCAACAUCAAUCGAGUCCUAAAGCUUCCUCACCUUUAAUUGUUGAUGUGGCAUCACCAAUAAUAUUUCGAACUGUUCAAAGUGAUGUAAUUGGUAGUCAAACAACAUUCCUUCAAGCGUUAUAUAAGAUAUUUGAUACCAUCUUGAAUUAUUGGUCUAUUUAUGUUCAAGAUUCAGUACUUUCGACAUUGUUCUUUAUUGGAUUGAUUUUUUCCAUCAUUUUGAAUUGUUACCUUUUGAAUACGCAUAAUCAAACAAAGUCUAAUGAAGAAACUUCUGAUGUUGUUAUUACUCCACCUACUUUGAAUAUGCAUAAUCAAACAAAGAUUAAUGAGGAAACUUCUGAUGUUGUUACUACGUCACCUACUUUGAAUACUACUUCUCAUAAUAAUGACUCAAAGAUAGACCCUCGACCCCCAAAGGAAAUCUUUGAUACACCUAAACCUUUAGAACCAAUUGAUCCUACGGUCAUGUCUGAUGAAGAUGUUCUUUUAUUGGUUAUUAAUGGAAAAAUUCCUCAGUAUAAUUUAGAAAAAAUAUUAAAAGAUAAUGAACGUGCUGUAAAAAUACGUAGAGCUUUUAUAUCACAUACAUCAAGCACAAAAACGUUGAAAAAUUCUGCUUUACCUGUGGAAGGUUACGAUUAUUCAAAAGUUACAGGUGUAUGCUGUGAGAAUGUAAUUGGUUACAUACCAAUCCCUGUUGGAGUUGCAGGGCCCUUGAAAAUUGAUGGAGAAUUGUUUCAUAUUCCAAUGGCAACGACUGAAGGAUGUUUGGUGGCAUCAACUUCUAGAGGGUGUAAAGCAAUUAAUGGUGGUGGUGGCGCCAGAACUGUUGUAACACAAGAUAUGAUGGCUCGUGGACCUUGUGUAGAAUUCCCUAACAUAAUACAAGUUGAAAAGGCUAAAAAUUGGUUAGAAAAUGAUGGAAUUGAUAUUAUAAAACAAGCAUUUAAUUCCACAUCUAGAUUUGCUAGAUUGAAGAAAAUAAAAGUUUCUGUUGCCGGAAAAUUAUUGUUUAUUAGAUUUUCUACAACUACAGGGGAUGCGAUGGGAAUGAACAUGAUUUCGAAAGGAUGUGAGAAAUCACUUGAAGUGAUGAAUGAACAUUUUCCUGAUAUGCAAAUAAUAAGUAUCAGUGGAAACUAUUGUACAGAUAAAAAACCCGCUGCCGUUAAUUGGAUUGAAGGACGUGGAAAAUCUGUAGUUGCAGAAGCAAUUAUUCCUGGUGAUGUUGUAAAAAAAGUACUGAAAACCAGUGUUGAAGCACUUGUGAAAUUGAAUAUCUCAAAGAAUUUAGUUGGAAGUGCGAUUGCAGGUAGUAUUGGAGGAUUCAAUGCUCACGCUGCCAAUAUUGUUACAGCAAUGUAUAUUGCGACCGGACAAGAUCCAGCACAAAAUGUUGAAAGUUCAAAUUGUAUAACGUUAAUGGAAGCUAUCGAUAAUCUGGUGACAAAUACUAAAGAUUUACACAUUACAUGUACAAUGCCAUCAAUUGAAGUAGGGACAAUAGGAGGAGGAACAAUUUUAGGACCUCAGAGUUCCGUACUAGAAAUGUUGGGUGUAAAAGGACCUCAUCUAACAAUUCCAGGAGAAAAUGCAAAAAAACUAGCAAGAAUUAUAUGCGCCAGUGUUAUGGCAGGAGAAUUAAGUUUAUGCGCUGCAUUAGCUGCUGGACAUUUAGUUAAAAGUCACAUGAUACACAACAGAGCUACUGUAAGGCAUGAUCAACAUGUACAUAUAUCACAUCAUACACAUUCACAUUCAAACACACAUGUUAUAUCAAAUACAACUUCAAUACCUCCUGUUAUUAAUAGUAUUGAAAAUUCUGGAAUAGAAAAUGUAUGUGAUUCAAAAAUAUCUACUCCAGGAUCUUGUUUAAAUUCAUAG